AUGCAUGUUUGCGCUGUUGCACAGGACACCGUAAAAUCUCAUGCCGAGCAAAAUACAAUGAAAAGGGCAAUUAUGGUGAGCAUUGUGAGUAUUGCAACAUUUUAUCUAUUGUGUGGAAGCAUAGGUUAUGCAAACUUUGGAGAUUAUGUACCUGAAAACCUACUGAUCGGGUUUGGUUCCUAUUACUAUAACCACCUAUAUUGGCUUGUCGACAUUGCCAACCUCGCGGUUGUUGUGCAUUUGAUUGGGGCAUACCAGGUAUUAACUGUAUCUUACUACGCUACGAAGCCCUUGUGUUUUCCCACGUUUGUCAAGAAUUGGGCUGCACAUAGGUGGUCUCGUAGUGAAGUUUUUACAGAGUAUGGACUGCCGGAGCUUUCGGGUUCUGGCCCUUGGCUGUUUAUUUCCCAAUUACAAUGUACCUAUGAGAGAAAAAAAUUCGGAAAUGGACUAGAAGAUGGGUUUCAAUUUUAUGUUGUAAUCUCCCCCUUUGGUUAUGCAACCCUCGGAGAUCAUGCACCUGGAAAUCUAUUGGCCGGAUUUGGUUUCUAUUACUAUAACCUAUAUUGGCUUCUCGGCAUUGCAAACCUUGCGGUUGUUGUGCAUUUAAUUGAGUUAUGCAACCUUGCGGUUUUUGUCCCUGAGAUUUUGAGUUCCCUAUGCGAAGUAUGA